GCCUUCUCCUUGCUUCUUGGGGUCGUGGCCUUGCUCCCGCCGUGCAAGGGAAAAAUCCCAGGCACGUCCACGCGCGUGCGUGCGCGUGGGGCUUGAAGAGCUCGUGGGUCGGCACUAGGUCUCCGUGGGGGCUGAAGCGGGAGCCAUGGGCGGGACCGCCAGCACCCGCCGGGUCACCUUCGAGGCGGACGAGAAUGAGAACAUCACGGUGGUGAAGGGCAUCCGGCUUUCAGAAAAUGUGAUUGAUCGUAUGAAGGAAACCUCUCCAUCUGGUUCGAAGUCUCAGCGGUAUUCUGGUGCUUAUGGUGCCUCAGUUUCUGAUGAAGAAUUGAAAAGAAGAGUAGCUGAGGAGCUGGCAUUAGAGCAAGCCAAGAAAGACUCUGAAAACCAGAAAAGGCUUAAACAAAGCAAAGAACUGGAUCAGUUGACCAGAGCUAUUCUUCGAGAGAGGAUAUCAAGUGAGGAGGAACGCUCCAAGGCCAAACACCUGGACAUGGAAGUCAAAGCGAGGCAGCUGGAAGAGAAGGAUCGAGUGAUCAAGAAGCAGGAUGCAUUCUACAAAGAGCAGCUGGCUAGACUGGAGGAGCGGAGCUCCGAGUUCUACAAAGUCACCACUGAGCAAUACCAGAAAGCUGCUGAAGAGGUGGAAGCAAAGUUCAAGCGCUAUGAGUCUCAUCCCGUCUGUGCUGAUCUGCAGACCAAAAUCCUCCAGUGCUACCGCCAGAAUAACAAGCAGACCCUCAGCUGCUCCGCUCUGGCCGACCAGUACAUGCGUUGUGUCAACCAGGCCAAACAGAAUAUGUCUAUUGGUUUCCCCAUAGCAACAAACUCCAUGUGAGCAAGCUUGAAAAGGGAGGAUAAAAUCAACCUCCGAACCAGCAAAACUCCUUCAACGUUAAUUCCAGAGGUGGAACUUUUUUUUUU